AUGCUUUUGCAUGGCGCUUUUCAUUGGCCAGAUUGUUUUGAUUCGAUUACUCCGCUCUUGAAGAACGCUGGAUACAGUGUGCAUAACACCACACAGCUUCCAAGCACAGGCCAUGGGUCUUCCAGCAGCCUACAGAUGGAUAUCGAUGCUGUCCGGGCUGCUCUCCUGCAAAUCCUCGGGGGCGACCCUGGUCAGAAUAAUGGCCACGAUUGCGUUUUAGUGAUGCACUCCUAUGGUGCCGUCCCCGCUGUCCAGGCUCUGCAAGGCCUCAGCAGUAAGGAAAGAGGCGCUGGUCAAACUGCUGUGUUAAAGCUGGUAUACCUUACCUGCAACAUUCCUCGUGUUGGGGAGUCUCAUUUGCAACAAUUUGGAGACUGGGCGACCCAGACAGGAUGGAUUGCUGAGGAAUCGGAAUCGCCUGUGAGCAUCAAUCUUGGUAGUCUACUGAUUAUUACGGUACAGGAUGAUGUCGUUAAGUUUAUUGGUAGUCCAGACGCAUUAUAUAAUGGCCUGGAUGAAAAACUACAAUUGACCUUAUAUCACGACCUCAAGACUCAAUCUGCGUUGACGCUGUUGACUCCUUUGGAAUAUGCUGGCUAUAAAGAAAUCCCGGGUUGGUAUCUGAUCACUUUAAAGGAUAAGUUGAUGCCUCCCGAAUUUCAAAAACUAUGCAUUGAAGCUGUCGGAGAUCGAAUGGAGCAUGUAGAGGAAAUUAACACGGGCCAUUCCAGCUUUCUCGUCGAACCGGCUGCUGUCACUGAUUUUAUCAUCAGAGCUGCAACUAGUACGGGGGUGUGA